GUGAACUACGCGGAGGCCAUCAAGGGCUCCUGCGAGGAGAACGGCGUGUGGCCCAUCGCGAACGGGCGGGUGUGCAAGGCGGCAGCGGAGGCGCUCGGGCUCCGCACCAAGACGGCGGUCACGGAGCCGCAGGAUGUCGCCCACUCUGCCAACUGCUACUACGCCGAGAGCACGCAGGCGCUGAUUGUGUCCAGCAUCGCACACAUGAACGGGAUCUCCGAGAAGUUCACAACUAUCUGCUCCACCGCGGAGACGUGCUUCCCGACCACCACGACAUCCACCACGACGGUGACGUCUACGACGACCACGACAUCUACUGUGACCACCUCCACCACCACAACAUCGUGGGGCUUCCCGUCCGUGUUCUGCUGGAGCGUGGUGACGCCCUGGGGCUACGAGCCCCCCCUGGUCGCCACCCAGUACGAGAGGGGCGCGGGCAUCUUCAACUGCGACGGCUACGCCGUGCUCAGCGGGGGCGCCGGCGUGGAGGCAGCGGGCCCG